GCGCGAGCUGCAGAGAUUACACAGAGAGAGUUUCUGCGCUGCACUCCCGGGGCGCAGGAAGACUAGAGACCGACCGUCACCUGCCAGGAGCCCCCCCGAGCACGAGAGGAGAGAGGCGGGCACGGUAAAGCAGGACUGUUUCUACCUACUGCCUUUAUCGAUACACGCCAGGAGGGAGCCGAGAAAGGAGCCGAAGUGGCCGUCGCAUCGCUCCCCAGCCUCUCCUGUCGAAGAGAUCCGGUGCUGAGCAGGAAAAGACCGUUCAGAGAGACCGGCGUUCAACAAGAACAGAGGAAGACGAUUGAGGAGCGUCUCUGAAUGCAGCUGAAGAGAAUUCAAUCCAAACUGAGGAAUUAUCCAGCAUUCAGACUGCCCUGUGGAUGUUUCUGUUUUUCUUUUCUUCUUUACCUUUCUAUUUUUAAGAUGAGUUAUUCAUUAGACAUUCACAGACAUGAAUCUUUUUGAUAAUCACAGUAAUGUUUCACCUCGACGUCUGCCUGGGAGAUGAAAGACUUGCUACUUCUUUGUGAACCUCUUGACCACCGGGUUUGAGAGAAACUCUGCGAGCCGAAGGGGAUUUCUUUUCACUUUGAACUUUCAUUUUCUGUUUUUACGUCGCUGUUAUCUCACUUUUUUUCUCAUAAAAGGAAGAGAAGGAGGUGACUAACAGGAGCUCGAAUAGCAUUUGCAUUCCAGUUUGGCUCUCACAAGGGGACAAAUCCUCCCUUGUGAGUGUGACUGAGUGUGUUUUUGUGUAGCUGAGUGUCCCUCUGCGAUACAUUAACGUAUCUUAGGGGACAAUAAGCCGUCCUGUGUGUUUCUUCUGGGAAAAUGGGAUCAGAAAAGGACUCAGAGUCGACUCAGUCCUCAGUGAGCGGCAUCCCCAACCCUAAGUGCCGUGCCGCGGGCAAACGCCAGGGCCGCAUCUCCUUUCACAGCCUCUUCCACAGCAAACGGGGCUCUCGGGGCACCAGGGGCCCCAAGGGAGCCGCGGCCACCCCUUUAUCCCAUCUUCACCAACUUCACCACACGCAACAACCGCUACUCUCUUCUGCCUUGAGCUCAGCCCCCGCUGCAGCCUCUGUUACGCCCAUAACAACCACCACCACAGCCACCACGACCCCCCAGGACGCCGCCUCCAGCACACCCUCAAAGCCACUCUCCUCCAGCCUGCCAUCCCUGUGUGGAUCCCCUUCCUCUGGGGAGUCCAACCUCCUGGAGUGCCCUCUGUGCCUGGUGCGCCAGCCCCCCGAUCAGCUCCCUGAGCUGCUGGGCUGCAGCCACCGCUCAUGCCUCUGCUGCCUGCGGCAGUACCUCCGCAUUGAGAUCACAGAGAGUCGAGUCCAGCUCAGCUGCCCCGAAUGUGCCGAGAGACUGGCCCCGCGACAGGUGGCAGACAUCUUGGACGACGCGGCCCUGCUGGAGAAGUAUGAGGAGUUCUUGCUGCGGAGGUGCCUCGCCUCCGACCCAGACUGCCGAUGGUGCCCGGCGCCUGACUGCGGAUUUGCCGUCAUCGCCUCGGGCUGUGCCAGCUGUCCCAGGCUGGUGUGUCGCAGAGAUGGCUGCGGUGCCGAGUUCUGCUACCACUGCAAACAGGCCUGGCAUCCCAACCAGACCUGCGACUCGGCCCGCCAACAGAGGGCGCAGUCCCUGCAUACCCACAGCAACCACUCACCCAGCUACACACAGGAGCAGGGCCCCGCUGAUGACAUCAAGCCCUGCCCUCGCUGUGGUGCCUACAUCAUCAAGAUGAAUGAUGGGAGCUGCAAUCACAUGACCUGCGCCGUCUGUGGCUGUGAGUUCUGCUGGCUCUGCAUGAAGGAGAUCUCCGACCUGCACUACCUCAGUCCAUCUGGCUGUACGUUCUGGGGGAAGAAGCCCUGGAGCAGGAAGAAGAAGAUUUUGUGGCAGCUGGGCACCCUGAUCGGAGCUCCAGUCGGCAUCACCCUCAUCGCAGGCAUCGCUGUUCCCGCCAUGGUCAUCGGCAUCCCCGUUUACAUCGGCCGCAAGAUCCACGCCCACUACGAGCUGAAGAAGACGUCUCGUCACAGGAGGAACCUGGCCAUCACGGGAGGCGUGGCUCUGUCCAUCGUCACCGCCCCUGUCAUCGCAGCUGUCAGCGUCGGUAUCGGUGUGCCCAUCAUGUUGGCCUACGUGUACGGCGUGGUGCCCAUCUCUCUGUGUCGAGGAGGAGGCUGUGGUGUCAGCAGAGGGAAGGGACGAGGUGUACGCAUUGACUUCGAUGAGGACGACGGUCCAAUCACAGUGGCGGAUGCGUGGCGAGCCCUCAAGUCCCCGAGCUUCGGUGACAGCAGUCUGGACGGGGCGGUCAGCGGUCUGAGCACCACCUUCCCCAGCGAGGGGCUCUCUGUGGCCCCCGGGACUCUGGGUGACACGCCACACUUUAACACUCUGGCAGGCGGCACCCUGGGAACCCGCAGCGGCAAGUACAGCAGGCUGGAGGUGCAGGCGGGGGAACUGGCUAAAGAAUCGGGCCAGAGAGAGACAGGCAGCCUGGGAGCAGGGAGCGACUGUGCCAGCACCCGAGGAAUGGCCGGAUCCAUCAUCUCAUCCUACACGCUGCCUGACAGGGAGUGCACCAACCUGGAGAUCCAGGUGGACAUCGAGACCAAACCCAGCCAUCUCUGCCUGAACAGCGAGGAGGACCUAACCCCGCCCCUGGGAUCUGCUGCCAUGGCGACAGACUCAGGCGUGGAGGAGCCUCAGGACUGCAGCUCCAGAAGAGGCGGGGCUUUGUCCGGCUCCGUGCUGGGACUGUCGCCGGGCGUGUCCAUCAGGGACAGGCUCAGAGACGUCACCCUGGCUCAGCCGGAGAGCAUCCGCAGCGACCUGGAGAUGUCGGACACUCAGUCAGACGACAUUGCAGAGCUGACGUCAGACGACUGUGACUCGCCUCACCCAAAAAGCUGCCACCUGGCGGCCGGCCAGCAGCCGCCCUCCUGCAGAGCGCUGACCCCCUCCGAAGGCCUUCACUGUCCCGCAGACAGCAACGUCAUCCUCUACGUCUGAGAGAGUAGCAGCUCCCGGGAUUGCACAAAAGAAAAACUAACCAAUCCCCCAACAGUCACAUCGCCUUUCCUUCAUAGCUUUGUUUUUUCCUUUUGUCAUUUCUCGUUUGCUGCUUUUACGACUCACAGAAAAUGUCUUAAACACAAACAGUUUG